AGCAGGCAACCCUUCCCUCGUGGACUGCUUUCGGCUCCUAUGGUGAACUGGGGCGGGGCUCAUGUGCAGGGGAUCCUGUCUCCGCCGUGAAGGGCAAGUCCGCGGGCAUCCCUACCAGGGCGGACGACGUUCAGGCGAGUGUACCGGUCCAGUGGAGGUCUACAGGAGCACAGGCGUCGGAGAUGGCGUCGCCCUGGCUGUGCGGGAGGCGACACCGCCGACCCUUGGACAAGACCGAUCUGUGGAGUCACAGAGAGAGAUUGCUGGUGCAGCGCCGUCCGCCUUCCUUGCGAUGAAGUACGCCGGUAUCCGUACUUCGUCCGUGAUGUGCCUGCAGUUGGAGGAGGCAGGGACGGAGGAAGGUGCUACGUCUGUUCAUAAAGACGACCGCUCCUUGGGAUCCGCCUUGAUGAGGCUGCAAGGAGCCGAGUCGCGUGAGACUGACGGGGGGGAAGAAUGGGUGCAAGUCGAGGGCGAGGAAGAAGGGGGAGAAUGGGAGGAGGGGGGAGAAGGAGACGAAGGGCGAGAGAAGGAGUUGAUUACAUUGCGCGACAGGGAAGACGGUGAAGGAGGACUGAGUAUUACAGACGAGGAAAGGGUGGAUGCCGGAGACGAGGAUGUCUGUGGGGAGACAUCUGAUUCGUUCGGUCUGGUGUACGCCAGACCAUGUGAAGGUGAUAUCGACGACGACGCAACGGCGAUGGAGAUGGGGAUGCAGGUGGUUAGUGGCCUUUCUAUGGACCACGAAGAAUAUGACGCCCACCACCUGGCCACGGCGGUGCAUCCCCCCGAUGGGUGCGACGAGGCUAUCAUGACAGUGAGCCCGGCGAAAACGACUCGCCGUCUUAGCGUCAGCGAGGUCAUCAAUAGCAUACUUGGUGACGUGCAAGCUAAAACACUUUCGUCCACGCCGUCAAAAGACGAUGCCCUUCUCAGCAACGAAACUGUCGCGGCCGGGGACUUGGCGCUCAUCCUGCCGUGCUUUCCGGUACCCUGGUCACCGCUCACAAGAGGAAGGGGGGGGGUUGUUGGGGGCCGCCAGCACGUCAUGUCCCCGAAAAAGUGCAGGGUAGGCACUCCGGCCCUGGCUGUCCUCGCCUUACCAACGCCCACGUCGCCGACGAAGGAGCGGAAAGAAAAACAAGCUGGUAAGAAUCGACGAUCGUUGCGAUGUCAGCACUCCCGCGUUUCGGGAUUGUCGACGCUGUCUGUCAACCCCCUUGUCGGUUUCUGACCCACGUUAGAUGGACAAAAUUCCGCUUCACUUGUCAGCGAGGACCAAUUGGCCUCUUGUUCUUUAACACACCGU